AUGGCUUCGUUUCCGCGAUUCCGUUUCCUGGCCAUUGCCGUCGUUUUCCAUUUAGUGUAUAUACUCUCCAUCUUCGACAUCUAUUUUGUCAGUCCCAUCGUUUCGGGCAUGCGCUUGUUCCAAAUAGAAAGGCCAGCAUCCACCCCACCACCCGCAGAUCGCCUAGUGCUCUUCGUAGGAGACGGAUUACGAGCCGAUAAAGCAUUCCAAUCGCACCCCGAGCCCUAUCCCAAGUCCGACGACGACCUCGUCCCGCGGCCCCUUGCCCCUUUUCUGAGGUCCAAAGUUCUACAAGACGGAACUUUUGGUGUCUCACACACGCGUGUGCCAACCGAAUCCAGGCCGGGGCACGUGGCUCUCAUUGCUGGUCUCUACGAGGAUGUCUCUGCGGUCACCACGGGCUGGAAGUUGAACCCUGUCGAUUUUGACAGCGUGUUUAACCGCAGCCGGCACACAUGGAGCUGGGGCAGCCCCGACAUUCUGCCCAUGUUCGAGCAGGGUGCUGUACCGGGCAGAGUAGACGCCUUUACGUACGGCGCUGAGCUUGAGGACUUCUCCUUGGAUGGGUUUGCCCUGGAUCUCUGGGUGUUCGACCACGUCAAAGAGAUGUUCGCCGAGGCGCGUACAAACAAGACGCUCAACGAUGCGCUGAGGCAGGAUAAGAUCGUUUUCUUCCUCCACUUGCUGGGGUUGGAUACCACUGGACACUCGUUCCGGCCAUACUCCAAGGAGUACCUCAACAACAUCAAGGUGGUCGACAAGGGGGUUCAGGAAAUCACAGAGUUGAUGAAGGACUUUUACGCCGACGACCGGACCGCUUUCGUUUUUACCGCUGACCAUGGCAUGAGUGACUGGGGCAACCACGGCGACGGCCACCCCGACAACACCCGGACACCUCUCAUUGCAUGGGGUUCGGGGGUUGCCAAGCCCCAGCUGUACCCAGGAGAGGUCGCGCCAGGACACGACGACUACUCUUCCGAUUGGAACCUGGACCAUGUCAGGCGGCACGAUGUCGAACAAGCCGAUGUGGCUGCGCUCAUGGCAUAUCUCGCGGGCACCGAGUUUCCGGCGAACUCGGUCGGCGAACUGCCUCUCUCUUUCCUGACAGCUGGCCUCAAAGAGAAAGCCGAGGCAUCGCUUGUCAAUGCGCAGGGAAUCCUCGAGCAGUAUCGAGUUAAGGAGGAAAGUAAAAAGGUCACGGAGCUGAGGUACAGACCGUACGAGCCUCUGAGCGACGAGGGAUUGGCGACCGAGAGCCGGGUGGCGCAUAUCCGGCAGCUCAUCGAAGCAGGCAGCUACGAGGAAGCCAUCGAGGAGUCGGCCGCUCUACUGAAGGUUGGACUUGGUGGUCUCAGAUAUCUGCAGACUUAUGACUGGUUGUUCUUGAGAGCCCUCAUCACCAUCGGUUAUUUGGGAUGGGUGGCAUAUGCCCUCACCACCGUCAUCGACCUCCAUGUGUUGCACGGCCGCAUUCAGCCUUCGAGAACCCUAGCUGGGACUCUUAUCUCAACAUCCGCCUUGACGGCGCUCUAUGCGUCGUUUGCCAUCUCCAAGUCGCCGCUAACCUACUACGCAUAUGCCUUCUUCCCCGUGUUUUUCUGGGAAGAGGUGUAUGCGCGGCGGGAGAGUCUGACGGAGGGCCGCAAGGAAUUGUUCGGUCACAUCAAGUCAGGGAGCAAUCUUGUCUCGUUAGCCUUCAACUGCGCCAUUUAUGUCGGAAUCAUCGAGUCACUAGCUUUGGGCUAUAUCCACCGCGAGAUUUUAACAGUACUAUUCGUCAUUGGCGCAUUUUGGCCCGUUGCCUAUGGUUUCUCGUUUCUCCAGCAACAUAUCGCCCUCUCUAUUACAUGGUUCCUAUCUUGUAUAGCUAUGAGCACCUUCACACUCCUUCCGCCGGCCAUGACGACCGAGGAUGUCAACAUGAUCAUGGUCGGAGGCGCGUUGAUGGUGAUUGUUGGCAUUGUUUACCUAAUCCUCGAGGAUUUUGUUCUCUCGGACUUUGGCUGGUCUGAGAAGCCCUCGUCCCCGAGAAACCACGUCUCAAGGACGCUCGUGGGCAUCCAGAUCGGCUUGACCCUCCUUUCUGUGAUCAUCACCCGCUCUAGUGCCCUGUCCAUGCAAGCCAACCAAGGUCUUCCCCGUGGCAACCAGGUGAUGGGUUGGGUUGUUCUUGUUGUUUCGCUCCUGAUGCCGGUGGCAUACCGGGCGCAACCCAACAACCACUACAUGCACAGGAUCCUCGUUAUCUUCCUCACUUGCGCCCCGACCUUUGUCAUCCUCACCAUCUCGUACGAAGGACUCUUUUACAUCGCCUUCUCGGCGGUGCUCGUCAGCUGGGUCCGGCUGGAGCAUGCCAUCUACAAGUUUCCCCCGUCGCCUACCAACGCCACGUCUAACGACGCGUCCAACGCCGCGGCCAACCCGGCCAAGCCGCACACGCUCGAAACGUCACAGACGCUCCCGUCGCCCUUCCGCCCGCUCACCCUCCGCGACGCGCGCGUCGCCCUCUUCUUCUUCGUCCUCUUCCAGGCGGCCUUCUUCAGCACGGGCAACGUGGCGUCGGUCUCGUCCUUCAGCCUCGACAGCGUGUCCCGGCUGAUCCCCAUCUUCGACCCCUUCUCCCAGGGCGCCAUGCUCAUCCUCAAGCUGCUCAUCCCCUUCGCCCUCAUCUCGGCCAACCUCGGCAUCCUCAACAAGCGCCUCGGCGUCGCCCCCUCGGCCCUCUUCAUGGUCGUCAUGGCCAUCAGCGACAUCCUGACCCUGUACUUCUUCUGGGUCGUCAAGGACGAGGGCUCGUGGCUCGAGAUUGGGUCGACGAUUAGUCACUUUGUGAUUGCGAGCUUGCUGUGUGUGUUCGUGGCGGCGCUUGAGGGUGUGAGUGCGAUGUUUAUUGCGGGUGUGGAGGUGAGCGAGGAUGUGGAUAGGGCGGUUGGGGAGGGGGCUGUGGCGGAGGUGUUGUUGGAGAAGACCGAUGAGGCGGGUGGGGAUGGUGUGAGCACAUAA